AUGGAGGAGCGCCUCUGUUAUGCAACAGUGAAAGGGGAUCUAAAAUCAUUGCAAGAAAUAAUCGCAAUAGAUGAUUCCAUUCUAGAUAGAGUUUUGGUGGGAAUUUUCAGAGAGAAAAAUCCUCUUCAUGUGGCCAUAUCAACCGGACAAACACGAGUUGUCUUAAAACUUUUGGAAAUUAAACCAGGAUUUGCAGAAGUUUUAGAUAAGGAACUUGGUGCGGCCAUUCACAUAGCAUCGGCUAAAGGGCACCUUGAGAUUGUGAAAGCUUUAGCGAACGUUAGCCCUGAGAUGUGCCUGACUUGUGACGGAGAUGGUAACAACCCUGUUCACAUCGCUGCGAUGAAAGGUCAGGUUCAAGUGUUGGAAGAGUUGGCUGGAACUAAUUCCCACAUAGGCUACAUAGCUCACGUUAAGGUGAAUCGAGGCGAUACAAUCUUGCACUUAUGUGUGAAGUAUGACCUGUUUGAGUGUCUAAAACUACUUCUAGAGAUGAUUCCAUGUCCAUAUUUCGUCAAUGAUGCUGAUGUCGAGGGCAACACCAUAUUGCAUGGAGCAGUUUUUGAAAAACGACUGGAGGUACGUCCACAGUCACGGCUUUCUGAUUGCUAA